AUGACACUUCUUCGGUUGCCAUUCGUGAUAUUGUCGGUGCUUCUUUGCCUUGUCAAUCUGACCAAUGGCCAAGCAACUACCAGUGAUGCCAAUGGGAUCAAUCUACUGGGUUCUGACUUUUCCUUAUUGUUGGAAAAUGGUGUAUUAUUGACGCCCAGUUUGGCAGAGUCCACCGAAAACUGCCAAACGCCCUACAGGAUCCUGCAAAUUUGCCUCCGCUCAGAGUGUCCUGACUUUACCAAUGUCUGUCCCACCAACACAUCAUCAAAUCCACAGAACACAGGACGGUUGACAUGCACAGGUAUUGCUGAGACAAUUUGUACGACCUACAAAGAUUGCUGCAUGACUGAUUGCGCCUUGGAAUUGCAGACCUUGGCCAUUUGCGUUGGAGAAAAUGGAAACAACAACCCCAAGGGACUGGUCUGUGAGGAGCCAUCAUGUGAUGACAGUGUUCUCCAAAACACAACAACAGAAGCACCCACAGAUCCCAACUUGAGAGAAUGUGAAUUGGUGGACACGAACGAUCAGGGGCAACAACACUUCAUUUGCCAACAUGUGGCCAAUGUGACAUCCAUCUAUUCAACCAACACAAAACCCUUUGAAGCAGAUAUCAUUUGUUCUGUUCCUCCCGAUGGUGGUGUUGGCUUUGACUACAAUGAUUGUCAAUGUCAAGGAGCAACGGUCUUUGGAGAAUUCGUUCAAGAAUGCAGCUGCCAAAUCUGCAACAGCUCCCCUGGAAAAUAUUCCAUAGCACUGGAUUGCAGAAACGAUAUACUGGAUCCCUUUGUCAUUGAUGACUGUAUCGAACAAACCUGCCAAGGGGGGUGCAUUCGAAUGCCGCCUGAUGUUCCAUCCAUCAUGCCCACAACUUCUGCUCAACCAACCCAACCAAUGACAAUUGCGCAGCCCAUCAACCCUACCCCUGCGAUGCCAUCCACAGCACCCUCAAUUCAAUCCUCAGCAGGAUUGCUUACUACUGGCACAGGGCUUCCUACUCUUGGCACAGGGUUGCCCACUUCUAGCAACAUCACCAUGGCUCCCUCACAAGAAUCGUCAACCACCACAACAGUUCUCACAUACCCUUCAUCCAGCUCUCCCAGUGUAGUGCUGACUGUCAUGCCUACCAAAAACCAACCAUCUCUGCCCCCUUCACUGUCUCCAGCUGCUGUGACUCCCUCCCACCUUAGACGGACUUCAGUACCUACGGUUGCUCCAUCCACAAUGUCACCCAGCAUCAGCCCACGAACUCCACUGCCAAUCGCAGCGCCACCUCCACCAACAGUGAGCCCCAUUCGACAAAAUUCCACAUUGGCAUCCUUUGUGGGGGCUCUCUUGGCUACUAUUGGAUUGAUUGUUGUGCUGGUGGUCGCCAAAAAGGGCAACAUUACUGAACUCACAAGAGUCCAACAUGGAGGCAGUGCUACUAGUCCUGGUAUCCAACAAAGCCGAUUAAGCCAAACUUUGAACAGCUAA